GCCCACUCUAUAAAUUUCACAAUGACAAUAUUGUAGUAGUCAGUGUACUUAUAUAAUAAACCCCUCUUGGAAUUUUAACACACAAGUCCUGUGACUGAAACUGAAGACGAGUCACUAUUAGAAUCAUCAUUAUUUAGUUGGAUUUUGUUUCCAAAUCUAUAUUAUGACCACCUUAGCCUAUCCCCCUAUAUCCCCCACAGAAUCUCCAUUUGGAUACGAUGCUCCUCGAUCAACUAGUUGUUUAUAUAACAUUGAUUCCCGAUCAAUUGUAAAGCUGGAACCCAUGGAACAUUCAUAUGACACAAAUAUGUCUUGCCGAUCUAAUCAAAACUUCAAUAACGAUGCCUGCACACGUAAUCUUAAUUCCAUUAAGCAAAGUCCAUUAUUUACAGAGACCGCAAACAAUUUAUUAAGUUGGACGACAAAGCACCCCGAAAACUGGAGCGAUUCAGAAAUUUUAGAUUGGGUAUUUUUUGUGGCAGACAAACAGCGCUUUGAUGGUUCAAAAGUUUGUGGUGAAGCUUACCAAAAUUUAUCUGGAGACAAACUAUGCAGCAUGACGAGAAAUGACUUUUUAAAUGUUGAUCCGUUCUUUGGUUCGGCCAUGUAUGAUCUCUUCAGACAGUUGGUAGAUACCGCUUCGUUCUCUGCCCCAACCAAGCCCGAGACUUUUAAUUACGAUCCUGUCUACGUCCCCUUUCCAAGCUCUGACGACACAGCUUUCGUGCCCGGGGAUGGAUCAAACACGGAUCUUGUUGAUUUUUCUGUGCUUAUUGGUGGUUAUAAAUACGAUUUUGACGUCGAAAAAAAUUUAUUUCCCGAGACAUCUGACCAAGGUUAUGUCAGUGGUGAAUCGGACCAAGAACAAGAUUGGGGUAUGCAAGCACCAAACGCCUAUGACUGUUUAAGCGCAGAGGAGGAGAUGGAAAUAAAUCCCUUGUCGAUGAUUCCUUGUAAUAAAGUUUUCCAGACUCCCAAAAGACGCAUGGUAACGCACAGUGUUUCUUCGGAAGAGGGAGACAGUUUAGGGUGUCAAGAUACACGGCCACCCAGACCCAACAAAGCCAGAUCUGGAGGAUCUAAAGGUAACCAUUUAUGGGAAUUUGUGAGAGAUUUAUUAAAAGACAAUACAGUGAAUCCCUCAUUAUUAAAAUGGGAGGAUAAGUCUAUCGGUGUGUUUCGUUUUGUUAACUCAGAGGCUGUAGCACAGAUGUGGGGACGAAAGAAAAAUAACCGACAAAUGACUUACGAAAAACUUAGCCGUGCAAUGAGGUUCUGUAGAUCGGCAGGAUACUUUGAAACAAUUCCGAAAAAUGGCCGAUUCCCCAAGAAACUUUGCUUCAAAUUUGGCCCCAAGGCACAUGGCUGGCAAGAUUAGAUGUCAUGGCAACCAAACACUACCACCACCACACCUUACUCAGCUCAAAGAAAGGGGGAGGUUACUCGGCUGUUAGUCAUCGGUUAUCAUCUCGUGCUCAAUUUUUCACAUUUUUUCAUUUAUCCGAUAUAAUUUAUUAUAUAUUAAACAUGUAGAACUUAUUACAUUCCAACAAUUUUCACACCCACAAAAGCUCUUAAAAAGGCAAUUAUUGUAAUCAACAGAAGUUUCUUGUAAACAAUUCUGCGCCUAUGAAAAGUGUAGACAAUUUAUGUUGUUGCAAUUCGAUUGCGUUCUUUAAUGUAAACCGUCCAAUUCCACCUUUUUUGCACUGGAAACGUAAGUAAUUACAAAAGAAUUUAUAAAUUGAAAUCAUUCCAAUUAAUACAGUAAUUACAAAGAUUUUAUUAAUUAUAUUAUUCCAAUUGAUAGAAUAAUUGGAGCUUUUAUGAACUGAAAUCAUUCGAAAUGCAUAUAGUACUUGCAAAGAUUCCAUCAUGUAAUAACUGAAGGGGAUUGUUUCCUGUCUUCUAUUCCACAUAUAGCUUAAUACUAUUCUUCAUUUCCUUUGAUUGAUCUUUAGAUUGAUUCUGACUAUUAUAUUUAAUUUCGUGACUUAGUAGAUAUUAUUCAUAGAUAAUUUAUGUUAUUAUUUUGUUCCAUUAUCUUCAUAGUAUUCCAUAUUUUAUCAUAUUGUAUUAUUUUAUCAAAACUUACAACAGCCAAGUCAUGGCUAUAUUCUGCCUGUGGGAGAAAUGACGUCAUACCAUUCCAAGCGAGCAUCCAAAUCAAAUAUCUUAAAGAGAGUUUUCUCCCAAUAUUGCAUUUAAAGAAACCUUAAGUUUCAUAUUUCAUAUAGGGUUUUUAAUUAAAGGGACAUUUCAACAAAGUAACGUUGAAGAUAUUGAAUCAUUUUCUUUGAAAUGUCUCUAUUGUGUAAUUAACGAAUGAAUGAUAUUAGUUAUUCAACACUGAGUAUAUAUAUCGUUGUCAAAGGAUAAAAAUAAUAUUUUUGUCAAAAGUAUAUUUUCAAAAAUAUUCUUGGUUGUAUGUCUUUUUACUUGAUUUGUACUUUAGUUCUAUCUUUUGUUGAAUUAAGAUUUUAUUUUCUGGCACCUUUUUUGAGUUUAAAAAAAACAAAAACGGGGGAGUUUUAUUUUUAAAAUAUUAUCUUCAUUUUCUUGUUCAUUUUUUUUAAAGAAAUUGAAAAAGCUUCCUCACUGUUUAUGUUUAAUAUAAUGCUUGGGCUAUAUGUAAUAAUAUAGCACAAAUUAUAUAGAACUUUUAAAUUUAAAACAACUUCUAAAACGACAGUAAAUUCAAUGAGUAUUGUAACAUGUAUGUUUUGCAUGAUUUAAUUUCAACUCUUUAGCUUUUGAACAAACUCUACGAAACUUUGUCUUCAUAAUAAUAUGCUUCUUUGCAUGUUGCUCCGUCACUCUCACUGCGCAGGAUAAACGUGUACAUGAUCUCGAGAAGUCUCGAGUUUUUACGUAUCUCCUAUCGGAGAUUUAUUAUACAUAACAGUAGGGCGCUUAAAUAUAUAUAUAUAGAUAUAAUAUUAUUAUAGUAUAUGCUGACUAACUAGGUUAUCCUAAAUAAAAUCUGAUUAUGAAUCGAUGAUCGAAUCUGAUUAUUAAUCGAUGAUCGAUUUGUACACUUUGUAUAUAAUCAACAUUUGUAUGAUAGUGUAUGCAUAUUAUGUAAAUAAUGUAAAUAUAAUUGUUAUGUACAUACAAUACAUAUGUAUACAUAUAUAGAACAAAAGGCUUGCUGGUUGAGUUUGUAUAUUACAUAUAUCGGUAAGUUAUUUUUUAUACACUGUUUAUGUUAUGCCCAACGUUUCAAAAUAUGAAAUAAAAAUAGAUUUUAUAAUAAA